CGCCGUUGAAACGGAGGGUGACGCCCCCUGCGGAUUGGCUGCACCCGGCCUCUUUACGACGUAGAUUGGCUUGAGGCGUCGCUAGAGGGCCAGGCCUUGGCAGUCGCUGCCCCAGAACCCGCUUUCGCAGGACCAAGGCGGGACAGAGCUAGUGAAGACCCGCGGCAAGGAAGAACAACGAGAUGAUCCGUCAAAAGUCCUCCCCGUUCCUGAGACUGAAGAUGCAGUCGGAGCUUAAACAUCCCGCCGCACUGCAGCAGGAUCCCGAGAGGGACCUCACUUCAGUGAAUGAGGCCGUCGUGCGGUUGGUAACAGGUGUGCGGACCGAAUCCGGGACGGCGGCCUCGGUAGAAGUGGAUGAGGAUCCUACAGCCAACUUGUUCCCGCCACCGCUGCCCCAGCCUCGGAUCUGCAUGUGGAAGUACCUGGACAUCCAUUCCAUGCACAGGCUGGAGAAGACCACCAACACUGAGGAGAUGAGGGAGGUGCUAGCUGAGCUCUUGGGGCUGGGCUCUCCUGAUCAGAGCCUGCGGGAUGCCAUCACCCUGGACCUCUUCUCCCAUGCGCUCCUCUUCUGCCGCCAGCAGGGCUUCUCACUGGAACAGACGUCGACAGCUUGUGCCCUGCUCCAAGAUCUUCACAAGGCCUGUGUUGCAACCCCCUUGGGCAACGUGGAGGAAUGUUACCGCUACUUCACCAGUGUUCUUUUUUGCCAUGGAGUCAGGCGGCCCCCCUUCAGUAUCAACCUCUUUAGGGAGGAACAGCUGCUGGCCCUGGCAGAUUAUGUGGUCAACACCUACUUCCGCCACUUCAAGCUCUAUAAAUAUGUCUUCACACCCCAGGUGCGGCUGGACCUAUCUUUGACUUACAUGGGGCUACAGCCACCUACGCUCCAGCCAGAGGAUGAGACAGAGAAAGAAGGCGACGAGUUGGAAGAGCCGGUAGUUGCCCCACAGGAGGAGGAACCGGAAACAGUGGUCCAGCCAGAGCAAGAGCCAAGCCAGGUCUCCAUCCUGCGAGCCUACAUUAAGACCCAGAUGAGCAAGGAGCUGGGGCAACUCCAACAGCUGAUGGAGGAGCAGCUCAAGGCCAGUGAGGAAAGGCUCAGCAGCAAGUUGACUGUCCUAGAGCGGCCCUUACAGCUACCUCCUGGCAAAGGCAAGAACAAGACCAAGUGACCCCCAAUAAAGGCCUGGGGCAGAGCAGCGCCACCCUCACCCCCUGCCCCUCCUGAGCACCUUCUGGGCUCCCCUGUUGAAGCCAGACAGCAGACACAGGGCGCUGGCUCUGUCGGGUGUGCAGCAGAUUUUAUUGCAGGUGCAGCACAGGCAGCACUGACCAGGCCAGGCGUGGUGUUGCAAGCAGCAGCACCCUCCACCUCAGCUCUGAUCCCAAAGUCCUGGCUCUUGGGGGGGCAGGCGUAUAGGGCUGGUCUUUAUGGUCGUACAGUCGGUGGCGGGCAUGGCCAGGCAGGGGGGCCUGAGGCCAGAGCCCAUAAGGGCUGGAAUGAUAAAAAUCCUCCUCUGGGAGAGUCCUGCUUUCUGGGCCGAGGUGCUAGCCCAGUGCCAGCAUGGCAUGGUCCUCGGUGAUAGCAGCUGAGUCCCCCUCUUCUUCGGGGCCCAUGAUGGGAAAAGGCCCAGGAGGCUGGUGCUGGAAGAGGGCUGCUCGGUUCUGUUGCUCACCCUUCUUCACCCAGUGCCCAUAGAGCCGGAAGGCACAGUUGUCGAUGAGGCGCCGCACUGACCGUAGCGCGUAAGGGUCCCUCAACAGUGCACUCUUGGUCAGCGGCCGGACACGCUGGGUGCUUAAGGCCACUCGUCCGGCAGCCAGCACUGUCCACACUGCCACCUGGGAAGGAGGGGGCAACGUGAGCUCCAGUGGAGCAUCCACCACAGAAGGAAGAUCAAGAUCAUGGGACAGAGGAACAGGCUCAAACGCUGACACUCCCGCUUACCCGGAACCGCUGGCGGGGGCUGAGGUUCCAGGGUUGGCUGCCUUCACAGCGCUCAAAGAAGGGGUGCUGGAGGGCUUGCUCAGCUGUCAGGCGCUCCUCAGGAUCUACCUGUAGCAGCUUUGAGAUCUAGGGGAAACCCCAGAGCAUGAGGGGCAGCUCUUGCGCCUCCUUCCUCACCCUCACAAGGCCCCAGCUCACCAGGUCUUUGACGGUGUUGGAACGGUCAUCCCACUCGGGUGAACUAAACUGGUACUGGCCCUCCAUGAUCAUGCGUAACAUCAGGAUCUGGCGCCGGUGCCAGAAUGGCGGUGAGCCAGCCAGGAGUGUAAACAAAAUCACCCCACAGGCCCAGCUGGGAAAGAGACCGGAGUCAGGCAGGACUAGGUGACAGGUAACUAUGUUGAAGGACAAGACGCAAAGAAGGAAAGAAGUCGGGAGGCCAGAAACUCACAGGUCGACCUCCUUGCCAUAGCCGGGGUGGGUUUCAUCCAUGGAGCAUUUAAGGAUCUCUGGUGCUAGGUACCCUGGGGUCCCACACAACUCUGGGGAGAGAGGGCUGAGGUUGAUGGAUGCCACCAGCCCCUUCAAGGGCCUUCGCUGGAGCCUCAACGCUGUCAGGACCAUAUGCGUUCCCAUUCUGCUCCCGCCUGCCUUCUACCAAGGACGGUACCAGCCCCUGUCCUUGCUGUAAACCCAAAUACCCACCAAGGGUCCUGGUGGCCUUCCCAAGGAAAACUUGAUUUUUGGAUUGACUUCAAGGUCUUACCCAACCAUAUAAUUUGCUAACUGCUCCUUGUACAACUCUGUGCCAUAUUUUUACAUGCAUAAUAUACAUAGAAAACAAA